CUUGCUUUUGACAGCCCGAGUGGAAUAGAAUCAGUGCCGAAAAUGUAUAGAUUUUCAAAUCAUUUAACCAAUCCUAAUUUAGUUUUGGUUAGAAAACAAAUAGGGGACGGAUCAUGUGCGGCACUGAUAGUUAUGAGAGCCCCAAGGCGGCGAUAUGCACAGCUAGAUCAAGACAGACCCAACAAAGAAAAACCAAAAUCUCGUAAACUCUUUUGGGGGACCGUUGGUGCUACUGUUUUAACUGGAGCAGCUGUUGUCUAUGCCAAAUCCAGUCCUGAUGCGCGCAACUGGUUGGAAUCAAAUGCCCCAUGGGCAAACGACUUAGUAGCCCUCGUUUACCAGGAGAACACAACAUACUGGAAGUCCACUGUUAACCAGUUCAAUAAAGCUACAACAUCAAUUAGCAACUUUUUGUUUGGAAAGGAAGGUGUUUCGCCACUCGAUUUCAAACAAAGAUCAGAACAGGAUAUAGAAAAAGAUGCGGCCAAGGAUUUCGCAAAGAAGACAUAUGAAUUACCGCCACCGACAUUCCAACCUUUGUAUGUGGAAGAGAAGAAAAUUGACACUCCUGAAGUUGAAACACCAGCUACCCUCGUGCAAACUGAGAAAUGUGAUCCUCAAAACCCUGUGCCGAUAAAGAUAACGAAAGACAUGGUGGAACUCGAACAGGAUAUGCACGAGAACACCAAAAUAGCGGUCGACAACUACAAGAAGGCCACACAAUCAUGUGCUACUUAUAACAAGGCACUGUUCAAGAUUGUUGAGUCGCCACUGGACGACUUGGAUAGAAAGCAUUUCUCGGCGCUACAGAGCGCGCAAAACGAACGCAACAACACCGUUAAAAUAGCUCAAGAAGCUGCCAGCAAAGCCAAAUUGGCUAUCGACACCCUGGACCGUAUGAUAAAAGCAGGCGUCCAAGCCCCGCCGGAGAGCGUCGCAGCAACCAACCGAUACAUUAAACAAUUCAGAGCAGAUUUGAAUGAAGUGGAGUCUGCCUACAAGGAAUGUUACAACAAAGCCGUACUCAGUGACAAGUACUGGAAUAAGGUAGAAGCAGCCCGCAUGGCCUACAAGGAGGAACUGCAGAUGUUGUUCCCCGGACUGGACCUCAGCGCCAGGCAGCUCGACAUACGCGGGGACACCGACCUGCUACUCAUGUACACACUCAAACAGAUUCAAUAUCUACAAAAUGAAAUUGCUGAGUUGCAAACGUUGAGGGAGUUGAAAAUCAACAGAGCAAUUGAGUGUCACGAUGAAAAGGCAAUAAUUGAAGCGAAAGUUGAAGAUAUGAUUAAGAGAGAAAGAUUAGAAAAAGAGAAGGAAUAUCAGAAAAAGAGUUUGGAAAUCCAAGCUGAAGCGAAUAAGGCGCUUAAAGAACAGCUGAAGAAACAAUUUGAGAUUCAACAGGAAGUUCUACAAGAUAGACUUGCUAAGAAAGAAAAAGAGGUAUUGGGUAAAUUCAGUCGCUCAGUGUCUGAGCAAGUGGAAAAGGAACGAGUCACGUUCAAGAAGGAGCUCGCCGCUAUGGCUGGGAAACUGAAGGCCAUUGAACAGACACUUAAAUUGCGCUCGAAGGCGGAGGCGGAGGCGCGGCGCUCGCAGUCGCUGUGGGCGGCGGCCGAGGCGCUGCACGCCGCCACGCGCCGCCCGCACGCGCGCGCGCCGCUGCGCACCGAGAUACGCGCGCUCGAGGCCGCCGGCAAAGAUGACAAAUUAGUUCAGACUGUAUUGAAAGGCAUCCCUGAGGAAGUACGAGAAAAUGGAAUCAUGACUGAAAAAGCAUUACGAGAAAAUUUUGAUAAGCUGGAAAAGACAGCAGUUAAAGUAGCCCUAAUCGGCCGUGAUGGAGCGUCCCUCCCAGUCUACUUUCUGUCUUGGCUGCAAUCUAAAUUACUCUUCCAGAAGUUUGCUGAAAUUCCCAAGGAUGAACUAGAAAACCAGCCCACUGACUUCUCAAAAUUGGACACCUUCGACAUCAUCCAACGAGCGAGGUACCACAUGGACCACGGGAACUUGGCGAACGCUCUCCGCUACGUGAACCUCCUGCAGGGCGCCCCCCGGGCCGCCGCCAAGACUUGGACGGAGGCAGCGAGACGCCAUCUUGAAAUACGACAAGCCGCGGAAGCUGUAAUGGCGCACGCGUCUGUAUCCGGCUUACUCUACCUAUAGAUCGUAUUGUCUGUGGUAUACGGGGUAUAUGAUGAUUAUUUCAUUUGAAGAUGGAAAGUAAAAUAUUAAGGAAAAAAAAUUGGUAAAAUUUAAAAUGUAGUUUAAUUGCUACUGUGACAUUAAUGUAACAGUUUGAUAACUGAUUUAUAUAUUGUAUUUUUUUCAUUUUAUUAUUUGAAGUAUUUUUAAUAAUAUAUUAAAGAUAUUCUGUCAAAUACCCAGUUCUCUCUUUGACUUAACUGUGAGAGAAUUCAUUAAUAAUAUCAUUCGAAACUUAAUUUAGACUUCUUUGUAAUGAAAUGGGGUUCAUAAUGCUAUAACAUCAUUGUUAACAUAAGUAUGAAGAAAAUAAUAUUGAACCUUAUGUGAAAGGAAAUAGAGGCCAAAUCCCAAUGGUUUAAAAGAGUAAAAUAUAAAAUGUUUUCUUUAUACGUACUUUCCUGUUUCAACGAUAAAAAUCGAACUUUAUUUGAAAGAGAAUAAAGCGUAAUUUACUUAAACAUAGCUCUUUUAUUUAUUUAACGUUAGUGUUAUUCUUUUUAAUUAGUUUUAUUAUCAGCUAGUACCGUUAACGUUGUUUGAAUAUGUACCUUAAAGCCAUACGUCUUAGGUUCGAUAUAACAAAUCAAUUGUUUCUGCCACAUACAUGCAUUUAUCGAAAAGAAAAUUUCAUCAUCACCGUGUUCAAAAAAAAUAAAUAAUUAAAUAAUGAAUAUUAAAUGCACUGUGGUUGUUUAGUGAGCUUUGUAAAUAUGAAAAAUUGUAUUUAAUUUUAAAUUAGAGAAUGAUUUAUUUCA